UAGCAAUGGACUUUGAAGACUUGUUGAACGAAGUCGAGUCGGCCGUGCGCGGCACGGGCACGCCCGUGAAGCCAACGACAGCGUCGUCGUAUACAUCCUCCAAGCCAUUGUCUACGUACUCAUCCUCGUCGACCUCUUCGACGGUGAGUGCUCCCAAGCCAGCACCGACGUCGUCUUCCAAGAGCCGCAUGCAAUCGGACCUCGAUGACCUGCUCGACCUUGUCGCCGAGCCCGAGGUCGCGACUUCCGCCAAGAAGGCGGCGCCGAGAGAGUUCCAAUCAGGCAGCUCGAAAAAAUGCACGAACGUCGCGCUCGCCGGCACAGCACUCAAGCACGGCCAGCACGUGAGCGCGGUCAACGCUGCUGCGUGCUCCAACCUGCGCUGCAACGACUGCGACUUUACCGUCGUUCAGUUCACCAACACGCGAUGGCACGCAUCCGCCGACUACAUGUUUUUCCGAGAAAACGUGCCCAACGAAGCCAAGCUCCGAGCGAAAAUGGAGCCCUCGUCCGGAUGCAUUGCGUACGCCUGCCAGUGCAAGUGGCUCAGCGUCUCGGACAAAACGACGCCCGAGCGCGAGCGUGUCAAGUGGUGCUGCGCCGGCCACUAGCAACCCAAACCUCGAAAGUCAGAAGACCCUGAAUAUACAUAAUUCCGAGACUAGAACCAUAUAGCAAUGGACCGAGUCGCGACCUACGGGGUUUGCUUCCAUCGGAAAUCAACGUUGGGCCACCUCAACUCGGUCGUGUGUUCGCCCCAUUCAAGUAUCCUAAAAGAAUCCAG